UCUGUCUGUUUGUUUUAGCCAGUAUCUUUGGUAUAAACAAGUAUUUCACUCUAUCAGUUUUCGUAAAAGAAGAUUUUAAAAAACUGAGUUUUCAAGAUACUAUCAGCGAAAUUCCGCACGUGAUACCGAAGGUUACUAAAAUCCUGGUUGUAGCAUACAUGCGGAGUGGUUCAUCCUUUACUGCCGAGUCAUUACAACAUGGUCCUGAUGUUUCGUUCUACAGCUUUGAACCUCUUUGGAACGUCGUUAAGAGUUCCAUAGAUGCGAUGGACUGCAAAGGUAGUAAUUGUAGCGUGGUGAACCGGACGGAUGAAUUGUCUCAGACGACUGCUUCAAUAAUCAAGAACAUAUUUGAAUGCAAGAUGUCAGCCCUUCCCGAUGAGGCGUUAUAUGCAUUUUCUUUUUUCAGGCAACUUCGUGAUCAUGAGAGAUUAAAAAACUGUUUCCCAAAGCCCGAGGAGUUUAAACAGAUAACGAACAAUGCAAGGUUAAGUAGCAUGAUGGAACGAAAAUCACAAUGUCUUUCUUUUCUGGAAUCCAGAUGUCGAAAUUCAACAGUUCGUGUUAUCAAGACAAUUCGAAUGUCGUUACAUUUGUGUAAGGACCUAUCAAAGACAAUAGAAAAUAUGAAGAUACUUCACUUAGUACGUGACCCGCGAGCUUCGGUCUACUCACGCAGAAACCUUGGUCUUGAUUUCAGUAAUUCAUCAGUUAAGAUAUUAUGCAAUAGGAUGUCACAUGAUAUUGAUGAAGGUCAGCUGAUAGGGUCUUAUUUUCCCGGUCGGUUUUAUUCACUUAGAUAUGAAUGCCUAGCACGAAAUCCGGAAACAGUUUUAAAAAAAAUGUACAACGACAUGUCUUUAGAAUACGAUUCAGAGACUGAGAAAUGGAUGCAGCUAUAUAUGAAAUCUCAGGAUCGCGGCCAAAACGGUUACCAAGUCUUCCAAUCUAAUUCUUCCAGUCGAUCUACCAAUUGGCGCUUGAGAAUUCCCUAUAUAGACACUCAGAACAUCGAUUCACUGUGCAAGGAUGUGUAUACAAAUAUAGGAGCGCGUUCAUUCAAUUCUGCGAUGGAACUUGAAAAUCUAGGAAUGAGUGAUAUGUAUGUUACUCCCUAUACCGAACGAUAUUGUAAAUAAAUAGGAAUUUAGAUGAAAUGCACCUAUUCAAAAAUAUAUGAUGUUGGUAUAUUAUAAUGUGUUAGAACAAUAUUUUUGUAUUUCAAUGCUUGCGUAGAGAUCUCAUUUUGCUUCAGCUUCUAUGCAAUGGAAAUGUUCUUCGUGCAAUACGUUAAAUUACUCCCCAUCAUGUUCUAUUCAUAUUUAUUACAUUUUUGCUCGUGAACAAUAUCAAAAUAUUAGCCACACUCGUGAAAUAUAUUUGUCAUUACUGAAGACACCAUUAACUAUCCUCUAUAUAUUAGCUUGGUAACAGCUGAUCACAUAAAGACAUAAAUGGCUAUAGUCACUAUGUCCUAGCUUCCAGACUAAGCCCUUUAAUGGGGGCCAUUCUGUCUGUGAUGAAGGGAUAAGCCCGACAGCUUGGACACCGUGUUCCCUGUACGAUCUUUGUGAUAGACAAAUAACAACACGUAAUUGUUCAUUUAUCAAAUUAUACAAAUUCUUAUUGUCUCAUACGGGAGAGUUGCAUGUACUUAGAUUUCUAAGUAAUAACACUCAUUUAUUUAUCACAGCAUAUGCUAUUAUAUAUAUGUACACGUUUCUAAAGUUAUAAUAUCAUCAUGACUUACGACAUAGGGUCACACCGUCAUCCUUACAAUCCUCAACUAAGUAUCGAAGUAUAUGAAAGUCGUAUUGAAAUUAGUGUUUUAUUGCAUGGCAGCAACACUGGUAAAUAACAUAAACAGGAAGAUAAGUUAUAAGACUAGUAGGCAACAGAACAGAAACGACCGAUGAAAUGUAUUUG